AUGGGCAAGGCGAAGGACCGCCUCGAGCGCCUGCUCGACGAGCUCAACAAGGACGCGCGAGGCGACGACGGCGACACCGACGACACCGACGCGACCCCGUCCACGGUCUCGGGCGUCACGGAGGCGGAGAACGAGGUGGAAGCCAUCAGGCGCAUGGCGGCCGCGCGGGAAGGACGCGACCCGGACGACGGCCCGCAUCUCGGACGCCUCGAGAUGAAGGUGGCGCAGCGCACGGCGAAGCUCGAGGAGCGCCUCGCGAUCCUCGUCGAGGAGAACGUCAAGAAGGACGAGCGGCAUCUCGAGGCGAUGGUGGCGAAAGAGAAGGCGUUCGACGCGGAGCGGCAGAAGAUGCUCGACGCGGUGAACCACCUCAAGGCGAAGCAGACCGAGCUCGAGAGGCUCGCGCCGCCGCUUCGCGAGGCGAUCGCGGAGGCGAAGAACGACGUCCAGAGCGUGGUGUGCUCGCAAGAGCGGCUCAAGGAGCUCAAGACGAUGGACGCGAAGGACCUCUCCCUGCGCGAGUUUUGCGUGCUGCGCGUCCACGAGGAGACGGCGAGCCUGCGCGCCGAUCUCGACAUCACGCGCGUGGAGCGCGACGCCGCGCGCGACGCGGCGUCGCGCGCGAAGCUGGACAACGAGCGCCUCGUCCGCGAGACGCGGCGCGCGACGGCGAACAUCAGCGCGAGCGAGCAGGAUAACGCGGCGGAGCGCGCGGCGCUCGACGCGCGAUGCGAACGCCUGUCGAAAGAUUUGGAAGACGCGCUCGUGAGAUGCGAGGUGCUCACGGCGAAGGGCGCGAUGUACGACGAGGUCGCCGCGUCCGUGGACGCGCACAAGACGAGGGCGCACGAGUGCGAGCGCGCCGCCGCGGUGGCGAGCGCGAACGAGUCGCUCGUGAGAAAGGAGCGCGAUUCGCUCGCGGAACAGCUGUCGUCGACGCGACACCGAGCCGACCUUCUGACGCAGGACAAGGCGUACCUCUCGCGCGAGGUGGACGCGCACGCCGAGCGCGAGCGCAAGGCGGAGAUGGAGGAGGAUCGAAUGCGCGAGAAAAUCUCCGAGCUCAAGGCGCAGCGCGACGACCUCAGGGAGAAGCUCAUGCGCGGGAACGACGAAGCAUCCGCCGCGCACGAGGAAAGGCUUCGCGCCGAGGUGGAACGCCUGCGCGUCAAAGCCGCGGAGGAUCUCGCGGCGCUGCGCGAGGAGCACGCGUCGCAACGCGAUCGAGAGAUCCGCGCGCUGAAGGAUCUGCGCGACGCCGCGGUGAACGACGCGAGCGGCGCGAGGCUCGAGCUGAACGACGCGCGACGCGAUUACGACGACUUGCUCGCCGCGCAUCGCUCGUCGCAGAAAUCCUCCGACGUCAGCAUCGCGCAGCUCACGGGGGAGCUGCGCAUGAAAGCCAUGGAGCUCGAGCGGAUUAGCAUGCUGCACGGCGAGAGCGUCGGGAAUAACAAGGUGAUGCGCAUGGAGUGCGAGAUGCUCACGAAGAAGUGCCGGCUGCUGGAACAGCAGUACGUCUCGCUAGAGAACGAGGCGCGGAGACGGCAGAGCGACGUGGACCUGACGCUCGCGGAGCAAGCCGCGCGGUUGGAGCACUACGAGGCUCUCGAACAGGAGCUCGACGACGCGGUCGUGCGCGAGGCGGCCGACGGUCAAGCCGCGAGCGUCAGCGGCGGCGAGAACCGCGUCACCGCGCUCGCGGCGCUCGGCGGCGCCGUCCCCGCGUCGCUGCGGCGGCGGCUGCAGCAGUCCGUCGCGCUCGGCCGGAGAUGCAACGAGCUCGAGAAGCAGUGCAAGCUGGCGUGCGACGCGAAGGACGACAUGACCAGGCGCGUGGAGGACCUCGAACAGCAGUUGAGACGCGCGCAGAGCAGGGUAUCGGACGCGACGCAGCCGUAUAAUUAUCUCGUCGAUCGCAUCGCGGCGGCGGAGAACGACGCGGACGCGGCGGCGAGCCGCGAACGCGUCGCCGUGCAGCAGCUCAACGCGGCCAAGGCGAACGCCGCGGCGGCGCACGCGGAGGCGGACGCGCUCAGGAGGGAUCUGAAGCGAGCGCUGGACGAGCGAGGGAACGUGGCGAAGCUGAAGGCGAUGCUCAUCAAGCAGCAGGCGGGACGGAGCGGCGGAGGACGGUCGCGCGCGCCGUUGAAGGACCUGCCGCCGCUGCAAGGGAAGUGA